ACUAAACAAGUGACAUACCAGAGUAACGCGAAGAGAAUUUAAAACACAACUUUAAAACCGGUUUAAACCAGAAUCGAAGGAUUAACACGGAGCGCGUGAAGCCGCGUGAAUCCACCAAUCACAAUGCAGCAUUGUGCAAUUAUUAGCCUACGUCACCGAUUGAGUACCGUUAAUGUCCAGCAAAGGAGAGGAAGAUGCUCGAAUGGGUGUUAUAGUGAAGAAAAGGCGAUUUAUUUCCAAAACUAUUGUAAAUAUCGUCGAAGCUGCCUUUUAAAAGAUAAAGAAAGAGCCCAAACUUUUAACAGCCCAGUCCGUGGAACGCAGGAGAGGUGUCUCAUGUCAUCACUGGAGUCCAUGAAGAAGGACUGUUUGGCAUCCAGCACCUUGUCCUCGACCUCUUUAAAAGGCACUUUAACCAAAAUUCACAGCAGAAAACACGAAGCCCGAGAGAAACUCUUAGCACACAGCCAAGAGGAGACGGAGGAAAACUGUAAUACUUACAGUCUGUCUCUCCCCAGUUGCAGUUGCGGCAGUUGGAAUCGCACGGUUCGCAGGAUCCUGGUUGCCUGCGUCAUCUCUUUCCUGGCUCUGUUUUUCUCCGUGGCCAUGGACUUCAGUUCCUCCCUGGAUCAGUGGCAGAUGACUGAGAACUGCCUCACUGAACUGACCUCCUGCAGGAUUCAAGCUACACUCCGAAUCAUUACUGAACUCCAAAUGAUGAGAAACUCAUGCUCAUCGAGAGAGAGCAAAUAUAACGAUCAAGAGAUUUUCCCAACUCCUGAACUUCUUGAAAUGUCAACCAUCAGACACACUUGUACAGGUGUGGAAAUGGACGGCUUGGGGCAGCCUUGUGGCGCAGAGCUCACCGAGUUUUGUGAGCAGCUUCAGACUGACUUUUCUGGAUUUGUUAAUGUGAUGUGGGGAGAUGAUCCAACAUGCAGCAAUGGGACCUGGAUUUUCACUCCUGCAAUUGAAAAGAUAUUAGAUUUAUCGGGCAUAAGAGGUGUGCACAUUGGUCUUCUGAAGCACAGUGAAGACUGGACAGACAUGAUCACUCUGAGAUUUCUAGUUACUUUCCAAGAGCUGAACCAUCAGUGGAUCUUGAAUGAAAGAGGACCAGACAUCCAAUAUAAAUGGUUACAAACUUUAACCACACUGAUGGUCCUCCAAGACAUAUCUGAGAAUUUCCAGAGCUGCUGGAUGGAGAAUGUUGACCAGGAGCUCAACCUGAAAGACUUUUCCCUCUAUAACCCUGGUUCUUCUUUGGAAGGAGCCCAAAUGUUCAUUCUUGCCUUGAGGAACAUCCAGAACUGCUUUCUUGCAAGGACCACGUCAGCCCUGAAGCUGAAAUCCAGAGAUGUCUUAUCCAGCAUAAGCCUUAAGAUCUGCCUGCUCACCAUUGCAUGUCUCAUCUACCCCAUUGUACUGCUCUCCUUUAAGCAGAUGACGGGGUGGAUCCAGGACUACGCACAGACUUUGAAGGAGAAGACAGAAGAUUUGAAAAAUCAGAGGCAGCUUGCAGAGGAUCUCCUUCAUCAGAUGCUGCCCAAGUCCGUGGCUAAGCAGCUUCGCAAAAACAGACACGUAGAGGCUGAGAGCUAUGAGAGUGUUACCAUUUUCUUCUCAGACAUUGUGGGCUUCACUGCCAUAUCAGCCUCGUGCACACCUCUGCAAGUCGUUGAGAUGCUCAACAAUCUGUACAUGUGCUUUGAUACGCGCAUUGACUCCUACGAUGUCUACAAGGUGGAGACUAUUGGUGAUGCCUACAUGGUAGUGAGUGGGCUUCCUGAGAGAAAUGGGGAUAAACAUGCUGAUGAGAUCGCCAAGAUGUCUCUAGACCUGGUGGCUGCUGUGAGGCAGGUUCCCAUUCCCCACAUGCCCAACAAACGUCUUCAGCUUCGAGCAGGGAUACACACAGGACCAUGUGUAGCUGGAAUUGUCGGCUACAAGAUGCCCAGGUACUGUCUGUUUGGAGACACGGUUAACACAGCCUCCCGAAUGGAAUCCACCAGCCUGCCUCAGAAGAUCCACGCCAGCUCUGCAACUUACCUGGCUCUGAUGAAAGACAACGCAUAUGAGCUCCAGUUACGGGGAGAGAUCGAGGUGAAGGGGAAAGGAAAAAUGAACACCUACUGGUUGAUCGGCCACAAAAACUACAGUGUCCAGAAUGACAGUCUGGUGUGCCACUGGAACCCGAACCUCUCCAGAAAGAAAAAGACCCCUAUAGGGAGUAAUGUCUCAGUGGCAAAUUCCACUAUCACUGUACAGAGCGUGAGUGAAAGAACCACGCCGGUUUCCCAGCCUGAGGCUCUUUACAUACCAGAGACAUCAGAGGUUACAAUGUGUGUAUCGGCUCAGGUGGAGAACACUGUGGGCGGCUUCGGGACACUCGGUUCUAUGAUGGGGGCUCUUCAAGAUGAGGAGAACUCCACCAACGCACAAAUGUACAGAGAAACCUCACUACCAGGCCUCGUGCCACACUGCUAGACAGAACUGAGAGUUAAACAUGACUGUGCAUUUUACAUGUAGAUAAACAGGUUCAGAGAAUCUUAGGCUUAUAUUACUUAGUUACGCUCUCAGUUAUUUAUGUUCUUAACCAUUUAAAAAUUCUACUAAAACAUAGACUCUCAUCUCCUUUAUGAUAUACAUGGGCUAAGAAGGGUUAGGGGCCCAUGUGGGACUAGGGCAUGGUGGCCCAUAUUGGCCCACCUGUAGCCCCCGAGGCCCCACAUGGAUUUUUAUAGACUCCGUUUGAGUGGCCAAAUCAGGGCCCAAAAACCUGCCCAUUGCUAAUCCAUACGGACAUGUUGGCUGAGAGUGUAGCAGUCUAAUUUAUGUUUGAAAUAGACAUAGGUUUGGAUGCAAGUGCACAAAGCAGACAACUCCAAAAGAGCAAAUCAGAAGCAAAAUUGACAGAAAGGCGAAGUAUCAGGAGGUUAACAAACAAAUUUGUGUGACUAAGCAGAACUCAAUACCGAAAAGGUGUGUAUACAAACAAAAGACUGAGUAACACAACUACUGGAAUGCUAGGAGCAAGACUUCGCAAAGAUACACUGAAAGCCUGGUUUGCUGUUUGGGAACAGGUGAACAAGGUAGCAUAUCAUGUGACAGGGUUUGUAGUUCAUUCUUAGGCUGAGGUUGUGUAAAACAGAAUUUGUGUUUGGACAUGAGUAGCUUUAGCAAUUUUGGUUUAUGUUAUAAUUUCUCUUUUUGACUAUACUUCAUUGUAAUUAGGACUGUACAGAUGUAUGUCUCUUUUCUCUCAUUGGUCAGUGUGUAUUUUUCCUCUUUACUCUUCUAUUUUUAAUUUUUCAAAUUUUUGGUUUUUGUCUGUCUUUUUAUGCUACAUGAUGGUGAGAGAUUGUAGAUAGGAUUUCAUUAUGCUGUACAUUACAAAUAACAAUUCAUACCUUAGUGUUUAACAAAUUAAACA